CUUCUUAUCUUUCCAACCUCCACCUCUCCUCACUCCACCUUACCCUUCAACGAGACCCUUCUUGCAACCUUGCUUGCUCAUUGGCCACCAUGGCAGACGCACCUCAGCCCGUCGUCCUCCAUGACACUGCCGAGCGUGUCAAGGCAAAGGAGGAAGCUCGUGAGAAAGGCAUGAACCUGCUUCAGAAACUCAAAAAACUCCUGCAUGACGAUCCAGCCGGGCGGGGCCUAGAACGCUUGGAGGAUUGGAAUGGAAAUCUAGAUGUCCUGAAAGACAGCAUCAAGUCGCGCGAGAUUCUAGUUGGCGUUGUUGGGGAGACAGGACUCGGCAAAAGUUCCCUGAUCAAUGCACUCCUUGGGUGCCCAAUUGUGCCCACCAGCAAUUCCGAGGCUUGCACAGCGGCCGUCUGUAUCUUUGGAUGGAACUAUGACAUCACAGAUGGGAAGAACUUCAGAGGAAAUAUUACUUUCAAGAGUUACGAGACUGUCGAAGCUGAACUCGACGCGCUCAAGGCCGAGCUGGCGGAUCUUGAAGAUACUCGCAAAGCCCACGGAGAUGACCCAGACCCCGAAUACAAUGAUCGAUGCGCCCAGGCCACCAGGCAAGUCAAAAACGUUGCCAGCUGGUCUGGACUUACACAAGAUCUGGUCCGAAAAUCAUCUCCGGAACAGAUCAUUCGAAGCUCGCCUGCCUUCUACACUGUUUUCAGAAAUAGGAGAGGCGACAUAUCGGACAAAACCUUCAAGCCUCUCAAGGCUGUGUCGAGAGAGAAUUUCAUCGAUCUUCUCACGCCCUAUGUGGCCAGCUCGACGGGCAAGCUUUCGGGGACACAAUACUGGCCUCUGGUUGAGCAGGUAGAGAUCUUUCUCCGGUCUGAAAUCCUCCGUCACGGAAUCAAGCUCGUUGAUCUGCCCGGUGUCAUGGAUGCCCUGGAAUCGCGUGCCCAGAUCGCGCGGGACUACUCCGAGCGCCUCGAGAAGAGAAUCGUUGUGACGCCAGCAAUAAGAGCUGCCGACAAUAGAGCAGCUGCAGAGCUCCUCUUGUCAGAGCAAGAAACCUUGGUUUUGGACAUGAACGACAUGUUGAAGCCUGAUUCGCUCUGUGUGGCCAUCACCAAGAUUGAUGACAUUGAUUGCGAUUCCGCAGAAAAGGAGUUUCCUACAGAUGACAUUCGCAGAAUUUGCCGUGAACUCAAAGACCGCGAAGAACGCGAGGGAGAUGACUCAGGCGAGGACGAUGGUCAUGGUCACCACGACGAUGUCUAUCAGACUGGUGAGAAACGACGAAGAGGCAACGAUGCACUGACACGAAAGGUGAGACAGAGAAGCGAGUCGGUUAAGCCUGGAUAUGGCAAUGACUACCCAGAUGUACACACAGAAGAACUCAAAUCUAUGCUCAAGGCACUCUGCAUCCAAGAGCGGAACGCCGAGUUGAAGCAGAAAGUCAAGGACAACCUCCUUGCAACUAGGAAGAAAAACAGGAAGUCCCGAGCGACCUCAGGCACCCUAACAGAGGUGUUUCCUGUUAGCAGCAAGGCAUUCCGAAAAUUCGAAAGGUCGCGCAAAAGACGCAUCAUUGAGGGAUUUCCCAACCAGGAGUCGACCGGCAUCCCGAACCUCAGAUCUUGGCUUGACCAAGUUUCUCUCGAUUACAGAGAGGAGUGGGUUGACAGCGAUAUUCAUCAUCUGCAAGUCCUGUUUGACGCGGCCGAUGGUUGGAAUCAAGAUAAUGAAUUGGGCACCUCCAAGCUCACUAGUGGCGAGAAGAUGAAGCUUGAGAAUAGCAUCUCUCGCCUAAGCAACACUCUUAAGGAACAAAUCAACCAGAAAGUUCGCGUCGCCAUUCAAGGGAAACUUGCUGCUCUGAGACCUCUGCGAGAUACUCCUCUGAAGAGAACGAGUGUAGCCAGGAAGAUGACAAAAGAAGAGCCAAAGCUAGUCAUGGCUGCCAAACUACUCGACCGAGCAGUUGAGGGUUGGGUGAAAAAGAAUCCGCGGGCAAGCGUGACGUCGUUGUCCAGGCACGAGAAGACUCACUGGUCCACCUACAGGGCCUGUGUCAGAAGAAAUGGAGGCCCAUUCAUACGUCCAGCAAGAAACGGACAGCCCAAGUCCACGAUUCACUGGAUGGACGAUGUUUCCCACGCUUUCUGGCAAGCCCAUUUUUCGAGCUGGGCCUUUCAAUUCACGCGUAGAAUUCCAGUCAUUAAAGGCAGCAUCCGAGGGUGCGGGCUGAAGGUCUUCACCACCUGGGUCCAGAAAAUCUUGGAGGACGAAGAAUUGCCGCAGUGUUUCAGAGAUUUGUUGAAGGCAAAUGUAUUCAAGCUGGAUCAUCUCUUCGAGAAAUACAUUGCGGAUGUCCGAGCGCGCGUCAACAAGUUCCAGGAGACAUCCAGGGAGAAAAGAGGUAUCCUGCAGGCAGCAAUGGCAAGUCGCAUGCGACCAGGUUUCGAAGCUGCCAUCCAACACAAAGGUAACGGAUUCAUGAAGAUGCAAACGAAGGCAGUCCGUACACAUGCCAGUGCCGUCGGCUACAACAUGUUUGAGACGGUGCGCAACGACCUUGAGCUGGAACUUGUAGGCGAUAUCAAACAGCUCUCUACCGACGUUGCCAACUAUUGGAAAGACGAGAAGAAGGGCUGUGGUACUCUUAUCAAGAAGGAAAUGACCCGCUUGUCCAAGCGACUUUGCGGGAGGCAAGUUAAACUGACGACAUCGGAGGAAAUCAGCGUCGAGACCAAGAAUUCGCUUUCUGGCAUUAUUGGCGCUUGGCGGUCCGACUGGUACCGAGUCUUCAUCCGUCUCCCGGCGCCGACGCAUCCAUUGGAGGAGUUCGAGAGCAUGGAUGCAGAGGAGGAUCAACAGCCGUUUCUUCCGAACGUGAAAACUGAGACAUUCGAGUAGAACGACUUUCUGGGGAAGUGAUUUGGCGACAACUAUAGGUCGCUGUUUCCGGUUUUUUUCUUUCUUUCUUUUUUUCU